AUGCCGCACAAUGCGGAUACUUCCUUGAAGGUCGCCACAUCCGCCGGAGCAAUUUUUGGCAUGGUCAUCUUCGGAUACCUGGGAGACUAUCUAGGGCGGAAGAAGAUGUAUGGGGUUGAAUUGAUGAUAAUCAUUUCGACGACACUUGCUCAGUCACUCUGCGGAGAGUCUACGACUCUGUCGGUGGUCGGCGUACUGAUCUUCUACCGGGCGGUGAUGGGAAUAGGUGUAGGCGGAGAUUGUAAGUACCAGGCUGAAGUCCUGAGCAAAUUGAGUCGGAAGCGAUUCAGGUCGCAAUUUGAUCAUAUCAAUCAGACGCUCAAUCCGCCUUGGUUGAAUUGGACUGACGAAUUCAUAGACCCGUUGAGCGCCGUCAUCACAGCUGAAUUCUCCAGCACCAGAUAUCGAGGAGGAAUCAUUGCAGCCGUCUUUGCCAUGCAAGGACUCGGGCAGCUUGCCGCCAGCCUGGUGACUUUGAUCGUCGUCGUUGCAUACAAAGACCACCUGCUGCCGGUUGCCUCAGUGGCGGAUUGCAGCGGCCAAUGUGCCUUGACAGUCGACAAGAUGUGGAGGAUUAUCAUCGCCUUUGGAGGCAUUCCCGGCUGGUUUGCGCUAUACUAUCGACUCACGAUCCCAGAAACACCUCGAUACACCUUCGACGUCCUUUACGAUGUCGAGAAAGCUUCAGUCGAUGCACGAAAGUACCGUUAUGGCAAGCAAGGCAAUGUCGUUAACCCAGUCACUCAGGCCCAAGCACGUAGAGAUAUGGCAAAGUACAGGACACCACGACCGUCCAUUCUCGAAGUCCUGCGCUUCUACUCGCAAAGGCGUCAAGCGAUCCGACUGUUCGGCACAUCAAUGAGCUGGUUCUUCCUCGACCUUGCGUUCUACGGCCUCGGCUUUUCCUCCGCCUCUCUCCUCUCCACCAUGGGCUUCGACCAACGCGCCAACCUCUACGAAAACCUGCGCAACACCGCCACCGGCCAAAUCGUCCUCAUCUGCGCCGGCGCACUACCCGGCUACUGGCUCACCGUCUUCACCGUCGACAAAAUCGGGCGGCGCCCAAUUCAAAUCGGCGGCUUCGCUGUCCUGACCAUCAUCUUCUGCGUCCUGGGCUUCGCAUGGCGCAGCCUGACCAAGACGCAUCUCCUCGCCUUAUACGUCCUCGCGCAGUUCUUCUUCAACUUCGGCCCCAAUGCCACGACGUUCAUCACGCCUGCGGAAAUCUUCCCGACGAGAGUGCGCAGCACAGGGCAUGGGUUCAGCGCGGGCAUGGGCAAACUUGGUGCGGUGUUUGCGCAGAUUUUCUUCGCGCCGAUGAUCAAGAAGGGCGCGACGCAUGACAAUCCGACGCCCUGGAUUCACGGCGUCAUGCAGAUUUUCGCGCUGUUCAUGUUCCUCGGGAUGCUGACGAGCUUGCUGGUGCCGGAAAGUAAGCAGGCGAGGCUCGAGGCGCUGGCGGGCGAGAAGGAGGAUGUGUAUGAGUUGCAGGCGAGUUCGUGGAGGAAUAGAAGGGGUGGAGGUGGGAGUGUGAGUGUAAGGGGAGAUGGGGAUGAGGAGAGGAGGAGCCAGAGGGUGAGUGGGAGCACGAGUACGGAGGGCGCAGGGUACGAAGGAGAGAAGAAGUGGUGGCGCUUCCGACAGAUGGAGAUGCACGGGCAGGCUGUCUAA